GAGAUUCAUCAGUCUUCCAUUUCAUUCGAACAAGAAAAUUCCUCAGCUCCAUCGAAUUCGAUAAAGAAGAUGUCCGCCGUCAAGUCGAGAAGUUCUUGCUCGUUCCCGAAUCUCCUGCUCUCGUGCCUAAACUUCUUUCUGUUCAUCCUCUCCGCCGCAUCUUUCGCUCCCGUGAUCCUCCUCAGAAUGCCCCCGACUUCGCUCGGCCUUGCGUUCCUCAUGAUUUCGUCGAUGUCGCUUGUCUCCUCUUUUGUGGGCUUCUACUCCCAGCUCACCCGCUUCUGCUUCGUGACCCACGUCUCGAUCCUGCUCGCCUCGCUGUCGGGGCAGGUGAUCGGGGUCCUGGCGCUGUUCACCAAAGAGGCGUCGAGCCUCUCGCUGCUGAAGUCGCGGAGAGACCCGAAGGAGGCUAAGGUCCUGGUGAGGCUGGAGUGCGGGGUCCUGAUGGCGAUGCUGCUGAUGGAGCUGGUGGUGCUGGUGCUGACGUGCGCCGUGCACAGCUGCUGGGUGAGGGAGUACGAAGGGCUGGGCGCCGAGAGGGACGCGGUGGAGAAGAAGCGGAGCAUGAGGAUCGCGAGGGUGCAGGAGGAAUCGAUGGCGAACGCGGCCAAGAUCGCGGAGGUCAAGGCCAAAGAGCUGGAUGAGAGGAUGAGGUGCAAGUAUGGGCAGUGGGUGAAGACCGAUUUCGAAGGCUGAAGCUUCGAUCUCGGAUCACUACAUCGGAAGUUCCUCGUGUCGGGCCACCAGUUGGGUGGCCAUCUUGUGUAGUGUAGAGGUGCUGUUUGAUCUAAACUUCCGCCAUUCAUGGGAGAGCUUCAACCCUUCAUUCAGCCCGACUCAAAUUCAAUUGAAGUGUUCUUUGUUGCAAUGUCUGCUUCAUGAAUCUCUCUGUCUUGACUUCCUGUGAAUGCUAAAGGCUGAGGAGUAUGAUUUCCUUGUACUGUGCUUUAUAUGAUAAGCAUUGAAGUAUGAGCGAUGGAGGAA